CCACUACAAGCCAUCACUUCACUCGCUCACUCACCUUCUCCGCGGGCUUCUUUCUGAACCGCCCCGGAUCAGAAACUUUUCAUUUUCAGCAGGUCAAAUUUUUAUGUAGUAUUUUCUAUAUUCGUCUUCACGCUCGUCCGUCAUUCUCAGUCAUGACUCAGGCCGACGCACAGUCAGACUCUGAGGAGGGAUUGACGCGGGAAGAGAUGCAGCAAGAGGAAGAAGACGAGCCGCCCUCAAAGCGAGCGAAACAAGAUGCGUCUAACAUCGAAACAUAGUCGCCAAACUCAUGGCUCCCAAACCAAAAACCAUCAUCUCCCCCCCAAAACCUCCCAGCUCAAGACCUCACCUCUUCAAGAACCGCAUGGGCCUCGGCGCAUACAUCGCCGCCCCCGAAUCAUACCCUGCCUCAGUAGUCAUCUACUACAACGCAGAUUUUGUCGUCAUUCACGAUAAAUUCCCAAAGGCCACCGUCCACACGCUGCUGCUGCCGCGGUCUCCCAAGCAUACCCUUCUGCACCCGUUUGAGGCGCUCCAGGAUGUUGAGUUUCUGGAAAAGGUCAAAGAAGAGGUAGGUAAGCUAAAAGUGCUCGUGGCGGCGGAGCUGCAGCGUCGGUUGGGCUCGUUUAGUAGGUCUGAUGCUGCGAGAGAGGCUGUGCUUAAUGGCGAUGCGGAGCCAGAAGAGGGACAAGCCAAAACAGCAGCAGAAGGACAGGAGAAGAACGACAAGGGAAAAGAACCGCAGCUGCCGCCGGGAAGGGACUGGAUGGCCGACCUCAUGUGCGGCGUCCACGCCGUCCCGAGCAUGGGCAACUUGCACAUCCACGUGCUCUCGCGAGACAUGCACUCGCCGGCCAUGAAGCACCGCAAGCACUACAACUCCUUCAACACGCCGUUCCUGGUGGACGUGGCCGACUUCCCACUCGGCGAGGCCGACCCCCGCAGGAUCCCCAAGGAUGAGGGCUACAUGAGGCGGGACCUGGUGUGCUGGCGGUGCGGGAAGAACUUUGGAAACAGGUUCAAGGAGCUCAAGGACCACCUGGACAAGGAGUUUGAGGAAUGGAAGCGGGAGUGAACAUGUGAGAGACAAUGACGAGACAUAUGAAGACACGAAGAAUUGUACAAAUAAGAACAUUGCUGAUUUUGCCAUUACACAUCGCACGUAGCUUCAUGGUGCGGGAGAUA